CUUCCACACGUGGUCGUGAAAUUGUGAAUUGGUCUUGACUAAAAAUAUAUAUUAAUUAACAAUAAAAGAUACUAUAAAUUAAAAAUAUAAUAAUUAAUUUUAAAAAGACAAAAUGAAAACUAAAAAUACAAAAAGAUCAACAACAAAUAAAAAAAUGGAUAAGGAUUUGAGCAAUAUGACUCCUGAUGAAUUUUUGGAUCAAAGUUUUGAAAGUAGUGAUGAUGAAGAGAAUGAUCCAAAGUCUGGAAAUGAAUCAGAUGACAGUGGUGAUAACUUACCAAGUGCAAAAAGGCACAAGCAAGAUAUAAAAAAUUUGGCUAAAAAUCAUCCAGAUUUAUAUCAAAUAAUUAGAAAAGAAGAAGAAGAUCUUCUUGAUUUUGACAUUUCAGGUGAUGAGAAUAUGUCUGAUGACGAUGAUGAAGUUUCAAAUAUUCAUAUUCCCAACACAAAUCUUGAGAUUGCUAGUGACGAGAGUGAUUUUGAGCCAGAAGAUAAUGAUGAUGAUGAAGAUCACGCUCCUAAAACUGGACGAACAAAAGUAACUUUAAAGUUAUUAAAACAAUGGAAAGAACAACUUGCCACAGACAAAACAUCAGAAACUAUGAAAAAUGUUGUUGAAGCAUUCAAUGCUGCUAUGGUGACAAUAUCAGAUCCAGAUAAUAGUAAACAUUGUUUCUUCAAAGUUGAAGGAAGCUUAGUAUUCAAUGGAGUUGUAGAGUUGUGUAUUUUCCAUUUACCAGCAGCAUUUAAAAAUUUUUUAAACAUUCAUGAUGGAAGAUUUGAGGCACACAAGUCAAAAAAAUUUGCCAAAAUAAAAGGUGUCAUUAAAUCUUAUCUUGCUGAUUUGAUAAAAAUUCUACAUAGUGUAUCAUCGCCUGAUAUUUUGAUAGUGUUACUCAAGCAUCUUCAUCAGAUGGUACCAUAUGUUCAAUCAUUCUCUUCACUCAACAAGCCACUGUUAAGAAUUCUCCUUAAAUUCUGGUCAAGUGGUGAAGAAAAUGUUCGUGUUGUAUCAUUUUUAAGCAUCAUUAAAUUGGCAACAAGUCGCCAAGAAUCAAUUCUUGAAACUUUAUUCAAGACAAUGUACAUUAAAUACGUUGAAAAUUCAAAAUUCGUAUCACCAACUACACUGCCAGGCAUAAAUUUCAUGAGACAUUCACUAGCUGAAAUUUAUCAUCUUGAUAAUAAUCUUGCAUACAAUCAUGCAUUUUUAUAUAUUCGUCAGCUGGCAAUUCAUUUGAGAAAUGCAAUGACAUUGAAGAAAAAAGAAAAUUUUCUAUCUGUUUACAAUUGGCAAUUUAUAAAUUCAGUACGUUUUUGGUCAGAAUUGGUAAUGCAAUCAAAAAAAGACUCAAUGUUACACACGUUGCUUUAUCCACUUGUUCAAAUAAUCACAGCAACAAUACAAUUAGUUCCAACAGCACAAUAUUAUCCUCUUCGUUUACAUUGUAUUCAAAUGUUGAUUAAUAUAUCAAAAGAAACUGAGACAUUUAUUCCAGUUUUACCAUAUUUGCUGGAAAUAUUAGAAAAUUAUGAUUUCAACAAAAAACGCACUAAAAAAAACACUGCAACCUCGACGGAAACUGUGUCAUUUAUUUGUCUAUUGAAAAUGUCAAAAACACAAUUGCAACAAAAAGGUUUCAAGGAUGAAGUUAUUGAUAAAAUAUAUCAAUUAAUUCUGGAAAGUGCAUCAAAAGAUAGUAGCUUCAUUUAUUUUCCAGAUAUAUAUAUUCCUUGUGUUAUGGAAUUGAAGGCAUUUUUAAAAAAAUGUAAAGUUGCAAAUUUUUGUAGAAAAAUAAAACAACUUCUUGAAAAAAUUCAAGAAAAUCGUCAAUUUAUUGAAACUGAAAGAAAUAAAAUAAUCAUUGAUUUAAGUGACAUGAAAGCAAUAUCUCAAUGGGAAAAAAGCAUUCAAAAUCAAGGAACACCAAUAACAACUUUCUAUGAUUCAUGGUUUAAAAUUCACCAGCUUCACAAAUUAAAAUUGUUAACUCAAAAUGAUGCUGAGGGUGAUUACAAAUGUCUUGGCAAAAAAAGACCAAGAAAUAAAAAUAACGUUGAUCAUGAUAGUGAUCUUGAUAUGCCAGUUGAAGAAAUGGAUAAAUUAUUGAAAAAACAAGAACAAAGAAAAAAUAAAAAAUCAAAGAAACAAAAGAUUCAACGUGAUGCUGAUGAAGAAGAAUUACCAAGAGAAAAUAAUGAUCUUGUUAAAAAUGCAAGCAUCAAAGAUUGGGAUUAAAUUUAUUAUUCAAAAUACUUCAUGUACUGAUCAAGAUCAAAUGUAUUGUUGCAUAUAAAAAAAUAAAAUCAAUUGUUUUACAAUAA